AUGAAGUUCUCAAAUGGCACUCCACCAGUUGACAUCUAUGGCUCUGCAGAUGCAGGCAGUAACCUCGUGUGGACACAAUGUCUACCUUUUGAUGCCUGCUUCAAACAGAUUCAUCCCAUGUUCGAUUUUAAAAAGUCCUCCACAUACCGUGAAAUUUCUUGUCAAUCAGAAGAAUAUCGUAUACUAUUGGAUGAAGCCACUGUUCUCCUCAAAAUAUUUGCAAUUACAAGACUGGAUAUGCUACUGGUUUGUCCAAAGGUGUUUGGGCCAAAGAAAAAGUUACCAUUAAUUCUACCUCAGGGCAAGCGGAAUCCUUUGACAUUACUUUUGGAUGUGCACACAACACAGGCGGCUUCCAUUACGAAGGCCAUGCAACGGGAACCAUUGGGCAAGAUAAGUUUCGGCAAUGGCUGUGAAGUUGUGGGUGAUGGUGUGGUUUCAACACCAUAUGUAGGUGGAGAUCAAUAUUAUUUGACACUAGAAGGAAUUAGUGUUGGAGACACAUAUGUACCCUUUAACUCUUCAGGUAAGGUUUCUAAGGGCAACAUUUGUAUGGAUUCAGGAUCACCACCAUUGACCUUGCCACCAGAUUUUUAUGAUCGCUUAGUGGUGGAAGUGAAGAAGCAGAUUUCAAUUGAUCCCAUUAAAAAUGACACUCUUUUGGGGACACGGCUUUGCUAUAGAACUGAAAUCAAUCAAUAUAUUACUAAAAGUUGA